AUGGCUUCGACAAAGGCAGCCCGUUUGGGCGAGGAGACGCGGGUGGACAAGGUCAGCGCUGAGCUGGUAACCCUCACAUAUGGCACCAUCGUUGCUCAGCUGUGCAAAGACUACGAGUUCAACUACGUGGAGGUCAACAAACAGCUGGACCGGAUGGGCUACAACAUCGGGCUUCGUCUGAUUGAGGAUUUCCUGGCAAAGUCGAGUGCGCCAGCCUGCUCCAACUUCCGUGAAGUUGCGGAGAUGAUCUCAAAGGUCGGAUUCAAGAUCUUCCUGAACGUAACUCCCACGAUCACGAAUUGGUCAAGCGACAACAAGCAGUUCUCCCUUAUCUUCGACGAAAACCCGCUCGCCGACUUCGUGGAGCUGCCGGACGACGGCCGGGCACAGGACGAGCUCUGGUUCUCGAAUAUACUUGUGGGAGUCUUGCGUGGAGCGCUCGAGAUGGUACACAUGCAGGUGGAGGCACACUUCAUCAGCGACGUCCUUCGAGGCAACGACAGCACCGAGAUGAGGAUAUCGCUAAUCCGCUACAUCGACGACGAGAUGCCGCCAGACGACGAGUGA